GAUUUUUCACACGUUUGCAGUGUCUUCAAAAUGCAAGAAUACCCAACAUUCCCAGAAACCCAUUUUCCCCUUGCGUGUCCCUUUCUUUCUUAUUAUCACAAAACAUCGAGGUAGCCUUUGUCUCUUUGUCUUUAUCUUCUUUAUUGUACUCUUCUUGCCACUCCCCCAAGUAUCUGCUAAUAUUAGCGGAGAUUUCUUUGUUUGUUUCUUUCUUUCUUUCUGUUAAGAGUUAAUUUCCCUUUGUGAGUUUUUAUAUCGGACUAUAAUAAUUAUGGUGUUGGUAGAAGCGUUUUGGGAGAUUUUGGAAAGACCCACGAUAGAUGUAGAGAUGAUGAUGUUUUUAGGACCUGUAUGGGUUGCUUUCUUUCUGGGUAUUAUUAUAGGAUGGACGUGGAAACCCAAAUGGGCGAGCUUGGGCAAUUGUAAGUUCGACUUUUCAGCUCCUUCUUCGCCGAUGGCUUUUGUUCCUUCCCCACCAAAGGCUUUGGACUCAACCAAAGGUUUCGUUUCUUCCAAUGCCCAGACCCCGAGUUUCAGCCCUGCUUUGUAUGCAAGCUGGGAUGAGGAUCAUAUUGGUUGUGACACUAGCAGCCAAUCGCAAGAUGAAAGAGCGAAUAUUAAUGUUAUUACGGAUGAGGAUUUAGAACAUUUUUGCCAUCUUGUGGAGAGAAGAGAUGGAGGGCCAUGUUGGAAGCAUAUGAUGGAUCGUUCUAUCCCCGGUUUGAGUUAUCAGGCAUGGCAGAGGGAUCCAAAGACUGGUCCUCCUCAGUAUUGUAGCAGAACGGUUUAUGAAGACGCCACGCCAGAGUUGUUGAGGGACUUCUUCUGGGACGAUGAGUUUCGCCUGAAAUGGGAUGAUAUGAUGGUGCAUGCAUCGAUUCUAGACGAGUGCCCCGCCACAGGAGCAAUGGUGUUGCAUUGGGUAAGAAAGUUCCCAUUUUUCUGCAGUGACAGAGAAUACAUUAUCGGGCGCCGAAUGUGGGAAUCAGAAAGAUCAUAUUAUUGCAUUACAAAGGGUGUUCAAUGCUCUUCUGUCCCAAGGCGAGAUAGACCAAGGCGUGUUGAUUUGUACUAUUCGAGUUGGUUCAUUCAAGCAGUGGAAUCAAGUAGAGGAAAUGGAGAAUUGACAGCUUGUCAGGUGAUUCUUUUUCACCAUGAAGACAUGGGUAUCCCUUGGGAACUCAUAAAAUUCGGGGCGAGGCAAGGCAUGUGGGGAGCAGUGAAGAAGAUUGAGUGUGGCUUAAGGGCAUACCAGCAAGCCAGAGCUUCUGGGGAACCAAUCUCCCAUUGUGCAUCCAUGGCUCAAACCAUCACGAAAAUCAACCCCCUCCAUCUCAACUCAUUGGAGCAGGGCGACGAUGAACAUUCAUCAUCAUCCAACACUGAAUUCCUGGAUUCACCACCCGAAAAACCCAGCCCUGUAAACAUCCCAAAGAUCCUUCUUGUUUCCGGGGCUGUAGCCGUUGCUUGCACUCUUGAUGGAGGGCUAUUGCUAUUACCCAAAGCACUCUUAUUCGACAUUGCCAGAAAACUUGCAAAUCUUGGACGGAGAAACCGCUGAGGAACAUGAUCAUUAUCAUUCUUUUGUACAGUACGAGGUAGUUAGUUGUGUUGAGCAAUUAGAGUCCUCCUUGUUCAGCUCUUCCGCACCACAUAAAAACUUGUGACAAAACAACAGUUUUACCAGAGAAAAUCCCGCGAGAUGUUGUAAAGUUGCAUACUUCGCCCGUUUGUGAUUAGUGUACUAGAGUUUGAAAACACCAUGACCAAUCACACAGUUGUAAAAUCUUUUCACCAAACAAAUUCUCUUUAUACC